UGCUGAGUUUGGAUUUUCUUGAUGCAUUUAUAAUCCUUGGUGGUCUUUCGCAUGAUGGUUUUGUUGACUGUUUCGGCCAUCGAUUUUAAAUGUUACAAAUCUUCAGUAUUUCAAGAGAUUUGUCUACCGAAUUUGAAGAAAGGGUGAUAGCAAUACACAAGGAACAGAUGGAGAAAUGGCAAGAGGAAAUCAAGGAACACUUCGCUUCAUUGAUGCUUCAAAUGAGGACAUUAAUGCCGUCUUGCACAAUGCUCAGCUUCUACUUCACAAUGUCAAUAAUGAUCCUUGAAGAUUUUAUGAAACUUGGCUCACAUCAUAUUAACAGAUCAGCAUCAGAGAUUUUCCAUCAGCUUGAAGAAAUCAUCAAUAAAGUGUACAAGCAUAGGGAGUUGGGCGUUUAUUUCAUUAUUCUGAAUUAACAAUAGUUUAAAUCACAUACUGUUUCAAUAAGCACUUCGUUUAUUAGU